GGCGGUUCGGUAAAGCGCGCGCUGAUCCGAGGUCAGUAACAGAGGGGAAAAAGGAACUCGAGCAGCUCGGAGUGUUUACUCACCAUGGGGCUGUGGAGCUCGUGAGGCUCGCGUGAAGCGCGUGAAGCUGGAGCAGAGAUUUACAGAGACUAAGAUGCUCCAGGUGACUGGCGGAGUGUAAAUGGCGUCUAAGGUGCGCGAUGCGGUGGUGUGGUACCAGAAGAAGAUCGGCGCGUACGACCAGCAGAUUUGGGAGAAGUCUGUGGAACAAAGAGAGAUCAAGGGCCUGAGGAACAAACCGAAGAAGACGGGCCAUGUGAAGCCGGACCUGAUUGACGUGGAUCUAGUGAGAGGCUCUGCGUUUGCCAAAGCCAAGCCCGAAAGCCCCUGGACGUCUCUGGCGCGUAAGGGCAUUGUCCGCGUCGUCCUCUUCCCGUUCUUCUUCAGAUGGUGGAUCCAGGUGACCUCCAGAGGAAUCUUCCUGCUGCUGCUCUCCCUUUACCUCCUCCAAGCUCUUGCAACAGUGUUGUUUUUUAGCAUCUCGCGUCCACAUGACAUCCCUAUGACCGAGGUGUUCGGGGCGUUCUGGCUGAUGCUGCUCCUGGGCACGGUGCACUGCCAGAUCGUCUCCACGCGUACGCCCAAACCCGCCCCCAGCGCCACCGCCAAGAGGAGAAGGAAGUUAAGGAAGGCAGCACACUUGGAGGUGCAUAGGGAAGGCGAUGGCUCUAGCACUACUGAUAACACACAGGAGGGGGCACCGCUCUGCCCGGGCUCUGCCACCACUCACAGUCUCGCUGCUUUCUUCAGAGAUUUCUGGCAUAAUGUCUUUAAAUCGGGGUCUAAGAGAUUCAAGCUGUCCAUCGAUAAGUCCACAGAGACAGAUAACGGGUACGUGUCCCUGGACGGCCGUGUCACGAGCAAGAGCAGCGAGGAGAGACUGCAGCUCCACGAGCCUCACUGCGACCUGCUGCGUGCCGAGGAGCUGGCCUGGACCGCCCCGCUCACCCAAAACAAACCCCUGUCACCUGGCACUAAGUCCAUGCAGGAGUGUACCGCACACACGCUGGAGAACAUGUCUGAUGAGGCGUCGAGUGAAGAGGAUCCCGAAAACUACAGCGCUGUGCGCCGGGGCGUGGAGCGCACGAGCAGCGACUGUACACUGCGCAACAGGAAAGCGCACCACUACAAGAAGCAGUAUACACCAGCGGAGGAGAUGCCGAAGUCGGGUACGAGCUGUAGCUCUCGCUGCUCCAGCCUGCGCACUCAGGACUCGGAGAGCACUCGGCACGAGUCGGAGACGGAGGACCUGCUGUGGGACGACUUCCUGCACUGCGCGGAGUGUCGCUCCUCCUGCACCAGCGAGACCGAGGGCGAGGGGUCUGCUGUUUGCCCCGCCUCCAAAAAGGAGUACCGGGACGACCCCUUCCUGCAGGGCCACACGCCAUGGCUGCACAGCUCAAACCCUGGGCUGGAGCGUGUUAGCGCCAUCGUCUGGGAGGGAAACGAGUGUAAGAAGGCAGACAUGUCAGUGCUGGAAAUCAGCGGCAUGAUCAUGAACAGGGUGAACUUGUACACUCCUGGCAUCGGCUAUCAGAUUUUCGGGAACCUGGUGUCGGUGACUCUGGGACUCACGCCCUUCGCCUUCAGACUGUUCCAGUACAAAGACAUGGAGCAGCUGUCCUCCGUCUCGGUCGGCGAGAUGGUCUCCAUCGCCUUCGGCUCCUCGUCCGACGUCACGCUGAUCGCCAUGGUGACGGUGAGCUUCGUGGUGCGCGUCUGCCUCAUCUGGCUCUUCUUCUUCCUGCUCAGUGUGGCCGAGAGGACGUACAAGCAGAGGCUGCUGUUUGCUAAGCUGUUCGGUCACCUGACAUCCGCACGCAGAGCCAGGAAGUCUGAGGUGCCUCACUUCCGUCUGAAGAAAGUGCAGAACAUAAAGAUGUGGCUCUCACUGCGCUCCUACCUGAAGAGACGCGGCCCCCAGCGUUCAGUGGACGUCAUCGUCUCGUCCGCCUUCCUCCUCACUCUCUCCGUCGUCUUCAUCUGCUGUGCUCAGUUGCUGCACAUGCACGAGACGUUCCUGGAGUUCCACUAUAACUGGGAGCUGGUGAUCUGGUGCUUCUCUCUCUCACUCUUCCUGCUGCGCUUCGUCACUCUGGGAUCAGAGACCAGCAAGAAGUACAGCAACACCUCCAUCCUACUGACAGAGCAGAUUAAUCUGUACUUGAAAAUGGAAAAGAAACCAAACAAGAAAGAAGAGCUGACAAUCGUCAACAAUGUUCUUAAGCUGGCCACCAAACUGCUGAAGGAACUGGACACUCCGUUCAGGCUGUACGGCCUCACCAUGAACCCUCUCCUGUACAGCAUCACGCAGGUGGUGAUCCUGUCUGCAGUGUCAGGGGUCAUCAGCGACCUGCUGGGCUUCAACGUGAAACUUUGGAAGAUCAAGUCAUGACGCUGACCUGCCCCUCCCCCAGACGCAGUGCUCAGACUGACCGGCCCCUGCACAGAGCUCCUCCCUCUCUGGGACUGAUGAUGAACUCGUCUCCGUCUCCGUCUCUCUCUCUGAGACAUCAGAGCUCUGGCACUGCAGGGGGGCGAAUACUUUUAUCAUACUGUCAUGUAGCUGCUAUCGGAAUGUCAAUGUUACAGUAUCAAUGCUUCCUUAGGAAUUUAUAUAUAUAUAUAUAUGUGUGUGUGUGUGUGUGUUCUGUAUAUGUAUUUGUAAGCAUGUGAGGCACAAAGUUAUUUAUUGUAAUGAGCGUGUGAGGAGCUCAGCAGGUCAAGAGGUCGACGCUUCAGGUCAGAGGUCACUAUUGCGUUAGGUCACAGGUGUGAUGUAAGAGCUCGGCCACUCCCACACACUGACUGCAGGGAGGUGAAGCUGACAACGCACACGCGCAGUAAAGGUGUGUGUGUGUGUGUGUGUGUGUGUGUGUAUAUGAGAGUGGCGAUAGUGCGACUCCUCAGUGAGUGUGUUACGAUGCACGUUGUUUUAAUAACGUGUGAAGAAACACGAGGCUCUUUCACGUCGCUCCUCCGUACCUGAUCAGUUCAUCCAGCUUCGUCUGAUUUCUCUUUUUAUUAUUUAAUCCUUUUAUUGUCUGUCUUUCAAUUUCAACAAUUUGUCUAAAAAGACUUGAGUACAUGACCUAAGGAAGUGUGUGUGUGUGUGUGUGUGUGUGUGUGUGUGUGUGUAAACGCUGUGACGUGUUCACAGUCCAGAUGUUACAGUUGUGAGUUACACCGAGGUCAAGGACACGACUCUCAGCUCGGCUCAGCCACUCAGAGUCCAGUUCUUUACCUCAUGAUUAUAAUGUGGCGUAUGGAAGUGUGUGU